AUGUGGUUACGGAUGGCCAACGUCAUGGGCCAGCUUGGACCAGCAGCUAAAGACGCACCCAUGACGCCAAGCUUGCGACAACAGAAGGCUGACAUAAGGAAGGACCCGACUCGGGACAUCUGCGCCGACGGUUCCGGAAGGGUCCCCGCCUGUACCAGCCUCGAUGAUCAAUGUUCUCUCGCCUUCUUGACGGUUGUUUCGUUCAGAGAUUGGAGUCAUUGCUACGAAUUUGCCCAAUUUCGGAAAGUGGAUUGCAUGCCAUACGGAGCUGCUGGUCGCCAGCGAGUUUGGUACGCGAAAAAACACGGGGCAAUUGACCGACGCGAGUCCUCAACAGCCCCUCUCCCCCCGGGCAACAAGUCGCUUUGCCUUAGUCAGAAAACAAACUCCAAGCCGCCAACACCUGCAAUGCUUGUCAUCUACACCACCGAGUCUGCAAUCACCAACCUCCUCCCCGUUCCGGGCCAAAAAUAG